AUGACUAUGAGGCUAUUGAGCAGCAAGUUAUGCGACUCUUCCUUUUUAGUAAUAGCAAUAGGGAACUCCUGUCUAUUGUUGUCUAGACUAUUGGCUGUCGUUCCAACCAAAGUGAUAGUGAUGAAUGAAACGAUCGACGAAGUGUAA